UGAACUUAGCUCAGUUGAGCUGAUGGCGUCGUGCGCGUCAGACGUGUGGUGCGUCGAGAAAACAUAAUACGCGCCUUCUCGUAAAUACAAUUUGUCGAAAAUCGCGAGUGCUGUGUUUUCAAUAUAUGGAAUGCGACUGUGAUAUGUGAUGGAACGAUUUGUUUAAUUUUAUGAGGAUGUAUGUCUUAUUGCUGGUUUUCAGCUUGCUUGUCAAAGAGUCUCUUCUACUAAACAUACUUCGUGUCACAAUCCCCACAUAUCGAGUGCGAGGUCAAACAGCCACACUGGAGUGUGAUUACGAGCUUGGCGCCGACACACUGUAUUCGGUGAAAUGGUAUCGUGAUAACGAGGAGUUCUAUCGGUACAUGCCUCAGAAUGACCCUGUGAAGCACGCAUACAAGCUGGAGGGGAUUAAAGUCGAUUUACAAAAGUCAGACGCGAAGAGGGUUGUGCUACAUCCUCUGAUGCUGAAGUCUACCGGCCUCUACCGGUGCGAGGUUUCAGCGGAGGCACCCAGUUUCGCAUCUGUAGCCGGAGAGGGAAGAAUGGAGGUCAUUUAUUUACCAAAAGAAGGGCCAAGAAUAACAGGCAAUGAACAAGAGAACAGGAGAGGAGACUCACUAUUCCUAAAUUGCACGUCGAGUCGGUCGUACCCAGCGGCCGUCUUAAGCUGGGACAUAGAUGGGGAGAAGGUCACUGACCCCGAUCUGCUGGUGGAGUACCCACCGAUGCUGCAUCAACAUGGGCUGAUGUCCACCGCGCUAGGUCUGCGUGUGCCAGUGGGGCGUACCAUGCAAGUGAGAUGUACGGCCAGAGUUGCGCCCGCGUGGCGGGAAGGCAGCGAGGCUGUAGUAGGGAAUAGUCAGCUGGCUGAUAGCAAAGAGGCUAUGCUCCUUGUGAGGAGUUCAUCCGAGUCUUCGAAGAUAAGUGUAAUUCUGUUAACACUUUGCUUAGCUCUGUUCUUGAGCGCUCUGACGAAAUCAGUAACGUGAUAAAUUAUCGCGUCUAUUUUCUCAACGGACGUGAUAAUGUAAUGCUCUUAGUUUCUUAGAGACUAUUUUGAGAUUUCUACUACAAUUGUUACAGUUUUACUAUGUCAAUUUUGUAUUGCUAAAGCAUUUGGAAAACAAAAAUGUUUUUUAUUUUUUUAUACUCGACAAAUUUCGUUGCUUUUCGCAUUUUUUGAACUGACAAAAAAUUAUUUUACCUCCAGUACUUAUAAGUUAGGUAGAUAGUAAAUGUUUCAAUUUCUUUUGAGAGAAAGAAUUAAGUCUUCGAUACAUAUCUGUAACAGAAUAGUUAGCGUUAAGAAGAUAUCAUUCAUAGAUCGCGGUUGUGGAAUUAUAACGUUAAGAUAUGAAAUAAUCUGCAAUAUUAAAACACGAACCCCGUACCUUCAACGCUCUUUGCUAGCGCCUGCGGUUUGUUGAUAGGUAUGGUGUGAAAAAGUGGUUUUAUUUACUGGUGGUUUUAUCUUUAUAAAAUUUCAUUAAAUGUUUUUUUAUUUAUACAUCUGUAAUUAUAAUUAUAUUAAAUGAAGUUUCUACUUUACAAUAUGCAUAUCACUUUGUAACCUGUAACUUUGUUUGAUAUAUUAUGGCCCUUUAUUAAGAUUGUCACGUAGUUCACGAUGUGAUAAAAACUUUGAAAUUCCACGACUUUGACAUAGAACGAUGAUACCUAUCUGCGAUUUGUGUGCAUAUACUAUAAUCCACAACCGAGUUUUGUGUUUUAGUUUAUUAAUACUUUUAAAUUGGUUACUUGGAUAAAAAAAGAAACUUAGAAAAUAUUUUGGCAUAUAAAAAAUGCGGCAACAUUAUUUUCAAAAUGUAAAAAGUUUCAAAUGAUGUACGUGACUUGUAAAUAAAUUAGAAACGCCUUCUUAGAUAAUACUUUAGUCUAAUGUAAAUAAACCAUUAUAAGAUUACUAGAUUAUUUCAAAUAAUUUUGUAAAUUAUCAUAAGAAAGUAAAUUUCCUUUUUGGAAUUGGAUAUGUAAUAUCAUUUUUUGUUGAUAGGUAUUAGAGAUAAAAUUCAAUAUUUUCUAAUGGGACAUACUGAACAUAUACGAGAACUUCAACAUACAAAUACUCGAUUACAUCUUUUGUUUAUUGUCCGCCAUAUGUACAUAACUAUGACAAUGUAUUUAAUUAAUAAAAAAUUACAAUGCAGGUCAUUCUGUUGUACUCAUACGUUAAGAAUUCUUUAAUUAAGGUCAUCAAACUGUAUGACAAUAUUGUUUUUGCUACUUAAAAAAAAAUAGGUAUGUGGCAAAACUGGUGAUUCUAAAUUUAAAUUAUGAAAUAAUUUUCAAAUGCAUAAAAUAGUAGUAUAAAAUCAUCAAGGUGUCGAUUCUACAACCCAUAAAAGUUGCGUCUCAAUAGUUGUUAAAUAUUAACACCGAGUAAGAAAUUUAGUUUGCGGGCGACAAUUAAGGUGCAAUUGACUUGGCGUUAUCAGAAUCGAAACCCAGAUGAGAAGAGAUUUCCUGCAGAAACCUAUUAAAUAAGUCCCUACCAAUUUCCGUUAAAAUUUCUAAAAAUGCAUAUCGUUAGAAUAAGUUGCUCUACUACAAUUUCCAUUGUAACAUAUUUAAAUUAGAACACAUCCGCUUUUAUUGUUAUUGUGUACUGUAAUUAGCAUUAACAGGCAUUAUUUUGUUGAAAUAUAAAAAUUAUUUGUUACUUGGUG